AUACACAUGCCUCUCCUCUCAUGAUUACCUCUCCUGCUCGCUCGCCUCUUAUACCGGGGUCCUCCUCGCUGGCCUUGUCACGAUGGCUACCCGUUUACCGCGCGUCCCGAAACCUCGAGCUCGCCUCAUCGGGGCGACUGCGCAGCGUAUGACAGGCAGCAUUCCCGUCACUUGUCGCACCUGGCUGGGUGGGGAUCUGGCCAAGAUUGCCCGCGAGUCAAGACCACGCCCAUCUGCGAUUGACAACGCGGGCCGGUUGGCCUCGCUGUGCAUUCCCUCCUCCCUUCCACUCUGUCUCUGUCCCUCUCUGUCUCUCUUCUUCUCUCUCUCUCUUUCUCUCGCCUCUCCCACUAGCUUUCCCAUUUUUGGCGUCUCCUGUCCUUCAUCUUCCCUCCCCACCCUCUCUCUCCGUCCCAUCUCUAUCCACCCACUCGCCCGCUCGCCCACCCGCCUCUCCAUCCAUCCGCCCACACAUCCAUCCACUCAUGUUGUUUAUAUACAUACAUGCAUGGCAUGUGACAGGCAUGCGGUUAGAUAGGAGGCGCACCCCCCCGCCUGCAUUCAUAUAAACAUACAGAGAGGUCUAUAGCACGUCGAUACGUAUACCGAUACAUACAUACCUACCUAGGUAAGUGGGUAGUCAUCGAUGCAUGCUGGCGUGAUCGAGGCAGGCGGACGGGGAGGUGAAUAGCGAGUUACCCCCCGUUCUACACAAAGUGUAUGAUCGAGGGGGGUUGACGGAGAUGAGGAGAGGGGGGG